CUGGUCCUGCGGGAGCGGGUCGGGCUGGCGGGCGGCGGCCGCCGCCCUGGCCGCUGGCCGCGUGGUCGACGGAGGCGGGCUCGCGCGGCCUGCUGGGCGCGGCCAGCUGGGCCGCGGUGCGCGCCGGCGGCCCGUCGGGGCGGCGCCGGGGCGGCGCGGCUCUCCGUGCCCUGGUCGUGGAGGGCGACGGCCUCGAGCAGCGGGGAGCGAGGCGGGGCUCUCGCGCGGUGCGCGCGUGAGCUGGCUCACAGUCGUCAAGGCGCAGCUCACCCUGGACGUCUUCGAGUCUCCGGAGAAUGUCAACUUCGACGAGGACGUGUACUUCAGAUGGCCCCUCCGGCCGUUGCUCGCGCAGAUGAGUCCCAGGGGAGGGGCGUUCGCCAUCACGGACGGCGAGGCCCUCGUCCUGGAUAUCAGCGGGGACCUGGUCAUGGCCCUCCGACGCGCGGCGGCGUUCCCGCCUCAGGUCCGCGGUCUGGUCUACGCGUUCGGGGGGUGGAGCGACGAUGACAUCGAGGCGCUGAGGGUGGAGGCCCACGGGCUGGCGACCGCCAUGGGCGCCCAGGUGCCCACCGCUGCCCGAGGUGCCGCCGUGCCUCGCUGGAUCGUCUCGGACCCGGGGUCGACCGAGUUCGGAGAAAAGCUAAACGUUUACCUCGCGGUCGCCCCCGAGCGGCUGGCCGGCCGCGACGCGGUCGGGGUCGCCAUGUUCAACGCAGACGAGGGCGGGAUCUCGGUCGGGAACGUGCCGAAGGAGUUGAAGCAUGUGCAGAGCGUCCUGCACCAUGCUGAGACGCGCGACCUCGUGGACCCGCCCAGCCCAGCGUCGCUGGAGCCGCUGGGCCGUCGGGCGCUGCAGACCCAUCGGGCCGUGAAGAGGUGCGCGGGCCGCCUGAGCUCCGAGGGGCCCGGGCCGAUGCUGGGCG